CACCGACGGAGGCUCGUUUUCUCUGCUAGCGGCAACAUUAGCACGAAGCUGAACAUGCCGUUCAGUGCCGACGCAGUGAAACCUCCGCUGCAUGACCAAAUAUCGGAGAUGCAGCGAAAAAUCCAACUUCUGGAGGGCGACAGAGCUGCAUCCUAUGAGAGCUCUCAGUCCACCAUCAAGAAGAACAGGGAGGCCAUCCGCCAGCUGAGGCAGGACAACAAGAGGCUCUGCAGGAAGAUGGCAGAAGCUAAUGCUGGUGAUGGAAAUGUCAUCAAAGUGGCCUUUCAUAACAGAGGGUUGGAGAAGGAUGCCUACCGCAACAUGUCGGGGAAGGCAGCUCUGACAUCACUUGACCAGAAGGUGCUGUCCAAGAUGAAGCGUCUCAAUGCCCUAAAACACACCACCCAGACCCACCAGCGCCGCCUUGAAGAGCUGAAGACAGAGUGCCAGAGGUUGAAACCAGAGGGCAGCAGUGCCGCACCGUCUGCCGAUGCUCGCACUCGGAAAAAGGAGGAAGAUGCCAUGAACCUGCGGGCGCUGGAGAACAGUCUGGAAAAGACCCAGUUUAAAUGCAAAGAGGCUGAGAACAUCAUGAUUAACUACCAGAAACUCAAAAGUCACCUGCAGGAGGAGAGUCUGACUUUCCAGGGCCAGUUGGACAAUCAGGAGGCAGAAAUCCUGAAUCACAGAGAGGAGCUUCAUGACAUGCAGGUCAUGAACAACAACGCACAACUCUCUAAAGAAGCUGCUAAGGUUGAUUUACAGCAGCAGGAAGAAAUGCUUUACAAGGAGCGCAAGGAGAGAGAGCGUAUAAUAGCAAGCUACAGGAAAAAGGUCGAGGAGCGCAAGGCCCAGGCUGAAAAAGUCGAUAGAAGGGCCCAGAGAAUAGCUAUGCAGCCAGAUGAGCUGAGCAGUGAGGCCCAGCGCAGCACCCGGAUGGCGGGUGAAGAGGAAAAAGCCAUCUCCACUUUUGAGGAGGCCUUCCGACAAAUCAAGGAGGCCACCGGAGUCACAGAUAUACAGGAGAUAGUGGAGCGCUUCAUCUCACAGAAGGAGACACACCAACAUCUGGAGACGCUGAAGGGAGAGAAUGAGGAGGUGCUGCAGCAGCUGAAGGAGCAGAAGGAGCUCCUGAACCAACAGUUCCAGGAUAUGAAAUAUUCUGGAGAGGCUAAACUCUCCAGUGACCAACAGAUGCUGGAGGAGUGUGAGAUGCAACUGCAGGCUCAACAGCAGAGGUGUGAUGCAGCCAAAGAGCGCCUGGAGUGGCUUGUUAAAGCCCUCAGUACUGUCCGAGCUGGAGUGGAGCACCUUGCAGACAAACUUCAACACAUCACACUGAGUGAGGACACAGUGGCUGAAGUGUCUCCAGACUCAGAUGAGUUUGUGGUGGAGCUGCUGACCCAGUGUGAGCUGAGGUUGCAGUUACUGCACGAUGAGCUUCAGGGAAAAGAUUUGGCUGCUAUUCUGAAGGAGAUGGACGAAGACGAGUUCUAUGUGAGGAUUGAAGGGAAACUGCCAGCUUACAACACGCGUGUCAAGCUACCUGAGGACCAAAGACUAGACCUCUUCAACGACGAGGACGACAGUGAGGAGGACGAGGCUGACAUCAUAUCUCGUGAGGCCCUGAAGCGACAGUCUCAGCUGAUCAUUGACUCUAAGUCCAAGAAGAAGCCCUGGAAGAAGAAGAAGGGCAAGUGAUGAACCGACAGCACCGUCUCAAGACUCAAAGAAAAAUAAAGGACCAUCCCAGAUUUCUAUUGCUAUUCAAGCCAUUUAACGUUUCACCUCUACAAUUAUUAUUAUGUGUUACAGUGAAUCUUAGAUUUUAAAAAUUGUAAGGUUUUCUCUGUUAUUGUCUUGCCGAUCGUCACCUAUUGAAACAUUGUGAAUGAAACAGGUUUUAUCUUACAGACAUGAUGCAGGUCGGUGAAAGCCAGCACCUGUGAGACAUCCAGUCUUUUAAUUUUUAGGCUAAAUAUACAAUACAGACGUAGAUGCUUUGUCCCACUAUAACAUGUGAGAUGCGUAUGAAACCCUCCCUGCGUAUGAAACCCUCCCUACAUGCAGCGCCUGAACACCUGAAGCAUCUCUGCCAUGUUCGGCAUCUCAGAAAUGGUUCCGCCUCUUGGUUUAAAUGCUUUGAGGUUGAUGGAGUCAGCUCUUGGAGUCAGCCCAAAGGAGGUGGCUUUUCAUGUUCUGUGAGUUAUUGUCAGAACACAAUGUGAGAGUGUAACCUAAAUGAUGUUCUCCUUCUUUAAUUGUCUAGCUGACAUUUUGGAUAUCGCAACCCAAAUAAAAGUUAUAUGACUGAUGAGACAUUAUUUAAAUUGCAUCCGCUUAAUGAUAAUCUCAAUAAUCUUCACAGGUUAUUGCCUCAGUGUGGAUGCGAGUGAUUUUUCCUUCUCAUAUUCUUUCAAUUGAAGGGUUUUUGUGGUCCUUAAGUCUUGAAUGUGUCUUUUA